UUCGGCUCGGCAGCAGCGAAAAUUAAAAGCAACGACUGCACGUGUUUACUGUGUUUACCUGGAUCAAAAUAGUUAUUUCAGCUGAUAAUCAGCGAUUUUCCCAAUAAUACAGUUACCAAAUGGCAAAGUUCGAUUCCCGGGGUGAUGACUCCGACUCCAGUUACGUAUCAUACGAUGAAGAUGAGGAACUGCGAGAAGCGUUGGCCAAAGGACUACUCAAACCGGGCCUGAACGUAAUAGAAAAGGAAAGCAGAGAACCCGUCAAUAAUUCAGCCAAGUUAAAAGCUGCCCUGGAAUCGAUCAUCCUCAAAGCACCAUGGGUCGAACGGAUGGAUUUAGUCAACGAUUUAGCUCCCCUAACGCCAGAGCUUGCAAUUCAAAUCGAAAAACACGAACAGAAACGCGAGAAUCAAUUCAAAGGCAACAAAAAAAUCCCCUACGUGGCACCGAGUGUGGACCCGGUACUGAACGAUUUCAAGCGAGAAAUCCUCUUCCACCGUCAGGCACAAGCUGCCGUCAUCGAAGGUAUCAAACGGCUGCACGAUCUUGGCAUUAGCACUAAACGACCGGAUGACUAUUUUGCUGAAAUGGCCAAAACGGACGAGCAUAUGCAACGCGUCCGGAAAGUGCUGCUGGAUAAGCAGGAAGGUGUCGCGAAAUCCGAGCGGGUGCGACAACUUCGCGAGCAGCGUCGUAUCGGGAAGUUGAUACAGCGUCAAGCUACCGAGAAGCGUGAUGAGGACCGGCGCAAAAUGUUGAGUGACAUUAAGAAAUUCCGCAAGGGUAAGCUGUCCAAUUUGGACUUUUUGGAUGAUGAUGAUGAAGCUGCUGCAGGAGCGAAAAAGAAAAAGACACCGGGUAGGGGUGCUCCAGCUAAGAAACAGGUUAAUGCCAAGCGAAAGGCGAAGAAUGCUAAAUUUGGGUUUGGCGGUCGGAAGAAGGGAUCGAAGAGAAAUACCAAGGAGUCGUUUAUUGGAGAUAGCCGCAAGAAAAAGAAUGGACCGGGUCGUGGUAAAAAGGGAGGUGGUAAUGGUGGUGCUGGAGGAAAAAUGCGCCUUGGUAAGAGCAGACGAGCACAGGCGAAAAAUAAGCGGAACUGAGCAAAAGCUAGUUUUUUCUAUUAUGUUUAAUAAGAUUAAUAAAAUAUGCGUCUACAACAAA